AGCGACAAGAAGUAAAAUGACUUUUGGCAACUACAGCGCAAUUUAAAAGCAAGCGACACCUAUGAUUGGACGAUUCUGAUUUUGAAAGCAAAAGGCCUAUAUUCUCUCUCGUCCUGUCUGUUCAGCAUUUCUAAGUAGUAAAAACGCAUUACCAUCAUGGCGGAGGGGACCGCGAUAGAUCCAGCGGAUCAGACGCAGCUGGAUUACAAGGCGCAGCCGCCAAAGGUCAGAUUUCGCAACUACUACCCAAAAACACCAGCGCUCCAGGCGGGCGUGCAACAGCGACUCACAACGACAGAAAUAGAACAACAGGUACUGAGCUUUUGCAACGCGACGUUUUAUUUUUGUGGCAAAUUAUCACCCAGCGCAGCAAGAGAAACAUUAGACACGUUGUUGCGUUCGCAUGACAAGUUUUGCACCGAUUGAGGCAUCUUAAAUUUGUGAUGCGUAGAAGAGCUAUAUGACAACGGAAAAAGUGACGCAGAUUUGGCAUGACAAAGAUAUAACUGUAACAAACACCCCAGAUCGACAGCAUCCUGGAGGCGAACCAGGAGGCUUUGGACAAGAAGGACUGGAUGGCGCCGACCGCGUCGAAGAAGAACUGGGACAUCAUAUCCUGAGUAAAAACGUACCCACACCAGAGUUGUAAUGCAGAUUUGCAAAGACAGGAAGACUUGUAAUGCGCAUCCCCAUGAUAGCCGUUUCCAGUCGUGUUUUGGAAUUUGUGAUGCUGUGAACAGGAUGAGCAGAUGAAUCAGUGAUGCGGCUGCACUUGCUAACCUGCACUACCCUGCAUAGUGCAACUUGUCAUGCGUGACUCACAAAACUCCUAGGUUUGUGUUGCAAAAUCCCCAUCCUGACUCUGGUGUGGGUGCGUUUUUACUCAGGAUACAUCAAGCGGGAUUUUACACGGAAACUGCAGAAGCUGGAGAAGAGAACGGAAACCGCCAUGGUGAAACUGAUUCGGAAGCAACUGCUCGAGUCCCAGGGGAAGGCGGCGGCCGCCACAGCGCAGACGGAAGAAGAAGAAAAACAGUUGACCGAGGAAGCUCUACUCUCCGGCAGCAAAGCGUCCGGCUCGUCUUUGAAGCAAGACAUUUUGCAGGAGGAAGACAGGAUAAGAAACGGGUCCUCCGCCGCGGGGUCGAGCUCCAGCCGAGCGCCAAACCAGGUGGACGUAGAGAUGCCGGAUGCGAACGAGGACGGAGACGUUCGGCAAGACGGCAGUGAAGCCAUGAAACAGUUCGGAAGACAGCUGGCAGAGAUGCGCGACGAAGAUUUGCUGAGUGAUUCAGAUUGAUCAUAAUCCAAGAUAGAACCUGUAGAGGCUCUUGGAACUACACGACAUCGUCAUGAAUCAAGUGUUGUACCACGAAAACGAAGUACCAAGUACCAAGAAAGCGCCAAGGGAUUUGUUCCAAGAAAUAA